GCCGCGGGCCUUCCGGAGAGCGGCGCGCGGCCAUGGCGGCCCCGGCCCUCAAGCACCGGCGCGCCACGCUGGAGCGCGUGGAGAAGUUCAUCUCGCCGCUCUACUUCGCCGACUGUAACCUCCGCGGCCGGCUCUUCGGGGACCGCCGGCCCGCCGCCUCCCUGGCCAGCUUCCUGACCCCCGAGCGCCUGCCCUACGGAGACGCCGUGCGCCAGCGCUUCCGGCCCGCGCGCCUCGGCGACCGCUUCGGGCCCACAUGGUGGACCUGUUGGUUCCAGGUGGAGCUGACCAUCCCAGAAGACUGGGUGGGUCAGGAAAUUCACUUUUGCUGGGAGAGUGAUGGAGAAGGCCUGGUGUGGCGAGAUGGGCAGCCUGUCCAGGGUUUGACCAAAGAGGGGGAGAAGACCAGUUACAUCCUGACCGACAGCCUGAGGGAAGAAGACCCCCGAAGCCUCACCCUCUAUGUGGAAGUCGCCUGCAACGGGCUCCUGGGGGCCGGGAAGGGCAGCCUGAUCGCAGCCCCAGACCCCGAGAAGACGUUCCAGGUGAGCCGAGCAGAGCUGGCCGUGUUCCGCCAGGACGUCCACAGGCUCCUGGUGGAUCUGGAGCUGCUGCUGGGCAUCGCCAAGGCUCUGGGCGAGGACAACCAGCGAAGCUUCCAGGCCCUGCACACAGCCAACCAGAUCGUGAAUGUGUGUGACCCUGCCCAGCCUGACACCUUCCCAGAAGCCCAGGCCCUGGCCUCCAGGUUCUUUGCCCAAUGCGGGGGUGAAAGUCAGCACACCCUCCAUGCCAUGGGCCACUGCCACAUUGACACAGCCUGGCUGUGGCCCUUCAAGGAGACGGUGCGCAAAUGUGCACGGAGCUGGGUGACAGCCGUGCAGCUCAUGGAGCGGAACCCCGACUUCAUCUUUGCCUGCUCUCAGGCCCAGCAGCUGGACUGGGUGAGGAGCCAGUACCCAGGGCUGUAUGCCCGCCUCCAGGACUUUGCCUGCCAGGGCCAGUUUGUUCCCGUGGGGGGCACCUGGGUGGAGAUGGAUGGGAACCUGCCCGGCGGAGAGGCCAUGGUGAGGCAGUUUCUGCAGGGCCAGAAGUUCUUCCUGCAGGAGUUCGGGAAGAUGUGCUCAGAGUUCUGGCUGCCAGACACAUUUGGCUACUCGGCACAGCUCCCCCAGAUCAUGCUCGGCUGCGGCAUCAAGUACUUCCUGACCCAGAAACUCAGCUGGAACCUCGUGAACGCCUUCCCGCACCACACCUUCCUCUGGGAAGGCCUGGACGGCUCCCGUGUGCUGGCCCACUUUCCCCCCGGGGACUCCUACGGCAUGCAGGGCAGCGUGGAGGAGGUGCUGAAGACUGUGACCAACAACCGGGACAAGGGCAGGACCAAUCACAGCGCCUUCCUCUUUGGCUUUGGCGAUGGCGGCGGUGGCCCCACGCAGACCAUGCUGGACCGCUUGAAGCGGAUGAGCAACACGGACGGGCUGCCCAGGGUGCAGUUCUCUUCUCCCGAGCGGCUCUUCUCGGCGCUGCAGAGCCAGUCGGAGCAGCUGUGCACCUGGGUCGGGGAGCUCUUCCUGGAGCUGCACAAUGGCACCUAUACCACCCACGCGCAGAUCAAGAAGGGGAACCGGGACUGCGAGCGCAUCCUGCACGACGUGGAGCUGGUCAGCAGCCUGGCCCUGGCCCGCAGCACCCAGUUCCUGUACCCUGCUGCCCAGCUGCAGCGCCUCUGGAGGCUCCUACUCUUAAACCAGUUCCAUGACGUGGUGACUGGAAGCUGCAUCCAGCUGGUGGCCGAGGAGGCCAUGGGCCACUACGAAGACAUCCGCGCUCAAGGCAGUGAGCUGCUGAGCGCUGCAGCCGCUGCCCUCUGUGCCGGGGAGCCGGGCCCCGAGGGACUCCUUCUCAUCAACACGCUGCCCUGGACGCGCACGGAAGUGCUGGCCCUGCCCCGGGCCGGCGGGGCCCCCAGCCUAGGUAUGCGCCCGAGGGCCAGGCCAGCCAGAGGCAGGCCCCCCUGGCCCCUGAGCAGAGCCCUGACACCCAGGUCCUCCCCAGCCCUGGUGACAGUGCCCAGCAUGGGCUACGCGCCCGCACCUGCCCUCACCUCCCUGCCAUCCCCAGCACCCCAGCAACCUGUGUUCGUGCUGCAAGAGACCGACGGUUCCGUGACGCUGGACAACGGUAUCCUCCGGGUGAGGCUGGACCCAACAGGCUGCCUGAUGUCCUUGGUGCUGGUGGCCUCCGGCAGAGAGGCCAUUGCUGAGGGCGCCGUGGGGAACCAGUUUGUGCUGUUCGACGAUGUCCCCCUGUACUGGGAUGCGUGGGAUGUCAUGGAUUACCACUUGGAGACACGGAAGCCGGUGCUGGGCCAGCCGGGGACCCUGGCAGUGGGUGCCGAGGGCGGGGUGCGGGGCAGCGCCUGGUUCAUGCUGCAGCUCAGCCCCAACAGUCGGCUCAGCCAGGAGGUGGUGCUGGACGUCGGCUGCCCCUACGUCCGCUUCCAUACCGAGGUACACUGGCACGAGUCCCACAAGUUCCUGAAGGUGGAGUUCCCGGCCCGGGUGCGGAGCCCACAGGCCACCUAUGAGGUCCAGUUUGGGCACCUGCAGCGGCCCACUCACUACAACACGUCCUGGGACUGGGCCCGAUUUGAGGGAUGGGCGCACCGCUGGGUGGAUCUGUCCGAGCACAACUUCGGGCUGGCGCUGCUCAACGACUGCAAAUACGGGGCCUCGGUGCACGGCGGGGUGCUGAGCCUCUCUCUCUUGCGGGCGCCCAAGGCCCCCGACACCACGGCCGACAUGGGGCGCCACGAGUUCACCUACGCGCUGAUGCCCCACAAGGGCACCUUCCAGGACGCCGGCGUCAUCCAGGCCGCCUACAACCUCAACUUCCCGCUGCUGGCGCUGCCCGCGCCAGGGCCGGCGCCCGCCACCGCCUGGAGCGCCUUCUGGGUGUCAUCGCCCGCCGUGGUGCUGGAGACCGUCAAGCAGGCCGAGGAGGCCGACGGCCGCGCGCUGGUGCUCCGGCUGUACGAGGCCCACGGCAGCCACGUGGACUGCUGGCUGCACACGGAGCUGCGGGUCCAGAAGGCUUUCCUCUGUGACCUCCUGGAGCAGUACGACGCCGAGGGACACCUGCCCAUGCAGGACAGCGGCCUGAAGCUCAGCUUCUCUCCCUUCCAAGUGCAGUCCCUCUUGCUCCUGCUGCAGCCCCCACUGAAGUGAGGCGGGCGGGCUGGGCGAGGGCCCC